AUCCAGGAGGAAGCAGGCGGACCUAAGGAAACGCACCUCUUUUUCUUUCUUAGAGGGGAAAAAAGUUCAAGUGUUUGCUCUACUUUUCCACUGUGGGAGAUACAAAUAUUAGGCUGCUGAGACACGGCUAGGGAAAUGCUGUAUCCUAAACUUUAAGCGUUCGUAGCUCAUUUUCUAUGAGUUUCCAUUUAAUGACUCAGCAUUUCUGCCUUAAACAGAAAAACUGCAGACUAGGUUAGUUGACUAAAAGAUACUAUGUAGGAAUAACUGAGUAGCCAUUAAUUUUUUAUGUUAUCACAAUGGGAAGAGAACGUGGAUGCAGUAAAUGGAACCAGAGAGAUGGUGAACAGGGCCGAACACGGUGAAAUCACAUUUCACAGUUAAAACACUAUUAAGAAGACAAUAUGGGGACUCCUGGUUCUGGAAGGAAAAGGACGCCUGUAAAAGACCGAUUUUCUGCAGAAGAUGAAGCUUUGAGUAACAUUGCCAGAGAGGCAGAGGCGAGACUGGCCGCAAAACGGGCUGCCCGGGCAGAAGCGAGAGAUAUACGCAUGAGAGAACUGGAGCGACAACAAAAAGAGCACUCUCAUUAUUCCUUUGAUCGGAAAUGGGGACAGAUUCAGAAGUGGCUGGAAGAUUCAGAAAGGGCCAGGUAUUCCCACCGGUCUAGUCAUCAUCGACCUUAUCUGGGAGUUGAGGAUGCAUUGUCCAUUCGAAGUCUUGGCAGUCACAGGAGCCCGUCGAAGGCCAUAACUGGGACACACUGGAGCAGAGCCAGUACACCCAAAAGGAAAGACAUCAUGUAUGAUGCUCUCAAGGAUAGAUCGUCAAGACUUUCAUCAUUAAAUCAUUCUUACAGUCACUCUUAUGGAAUGAAGAAGAGGUCUUCUGGUUCUCAUAAAGACCCACUGAGCGGCCUCUACUUUGACCAGAGAAGCUAUAGCAGUCUUAGGCAUAGCAAACCCACCUCUGCCUACUACACUCGGUCUUCCUCCCUGUGUAGUGACCCUCUGGAAACAUCAAAGAGUACCAGGGCCUCCUCUACUGCAAAUUCUGGUCUGCUGAGAAGUACCAGUCUGGUGUCAUUGUAUGAUGGUGGAUUAUAUAACCCUUAUGGGUCUCGAACUCCAUCUGAAUACAGUUAUUACUCAUCAAGAGCAAGUUCGGCCCGAAGCAGUCCCGUGUUUCCCGAUGAUGACACUGCAAGCAUUGCGUCUUCUGGUCGCGCCAGUUGUGGGCGAAGGGACAGUGUGGUGAGCGUGGUUUCUACCGCCGAUUAUUUUAGUCGCUCCAAUCGCAGGGGGAGUGUAGUCUCUGAGGUGGAUGACGUCAGUAUCCCCGAUUUGACCAGCUUGGAUGAAAAAUCUGACAAACAGUAUGCUGAAAAUUACACAAGGCCUUCAUCUCGGAAUUCUGCCUCAGCAACAACCCCUCUAAGUGGAAACUCAUCCAGACGAGGGAGUGGAGACACCAGCAGCUUAGUAGAUCCAGACACCUCAUUAAGUGAAUUGCGGGAUAUCUAUGACCUUAAGGACCAGAUACAGGAUGUAGAAGGGAGAUACAUGCAAGGGCUUAAAGAACUAAAGGUAUCAGGGCCCAUUCUGCAGCCCAAGCAUGCUAUAUCUGAGUCUUUGUCCGAAGUGGAAGAAAAAUACAAGAAAGCCAUGGUUUCCAACGCACAGUUAGACAAUGAGAAGAACAAUUUGAUCUACCAGGUAGACACCCUCAAAGAUGUUAUUGAAGAACAGGAGGAACAGAUGGCAGAAUUUUAUAGAGAAAAUGAAGAAAAAUCAAAGGAGUUAGAAAGGCAGAAACAUAUGUGUAGUGUGCUGCAGCAUAAGAUGGAUGAACUUAAAGAAGGCCUUCGACAGAGAGAUGAGCUCAUUGAGGAGAAUCAACGAAUGCAGCAGAAAAUAGACACCGUGACAAAAGAGGUGUUUGACCUCCAGGAGACACUCCUUUGGAAAGAUAAAAAUAUUAGGGCCCUAGAGAAACAGAAAGAAUACAUUGCCUGCCUUAGGAAUGAGCGCGAUACGCUCAGAGAGGAGCUGGCUGACCUGAAGGAGACAGUGAAGACAGGAGAGAAACGUGGCUUAGUUAUAAUCCCUGAUGGCACUCCCAAUGGGGAUGUCAAUCAUGAACCAGUGGUGGGAGCCAUCACCGUGGUGUCUCAGGAGGCUGCCCAGGUCUUGGAGUCUGCAGGAGAGGGUCCACUAGAUGUCAGGCUACGAAAACUUGCUGGAGAAAAGGAAGAGCUACUAUCACAGAUCCGAAGGCUGAAGCUGCAGCUGGAGGAGGAGCGGCAGAAGUGCUCUCGGAGUGAGGGCUCGGCAGCAGACAUGGUGGGGCUGCACAAUGGUUCUGACCUGCAGUUCAUCGAGAUGCAGAGAGAUGCCAAUAGACAAAUUAGUGAAUAUAAAUUUAAGCUUUCAAAGGCAGAACAGGAUAUAACCACAUUGGAGCAGAGUAUCAGCCGGCUUGAGGGCCAGGUGCUGAGGUAUAAGACUGCCGCGGAGAAUGCCGAGAAGGUGGAGGAUGAACUAAAGGCGGAAAAGAGGAAGCUACAGCGAGAGUUACGAACAGCACUGGACAAGAUUGAGGAGAUGGAGAUGACCAACAGCCACCUGGCCAAGCGGCUGGAGAAGAUGAAGGCCAACAGGACAGCACUUCUGGCCCAGCAGUAGGAGGCCACCCUCCGGCCCGGGUGCUGCUCCUGGGGCCCCUCCCAGAGGGACUGACUUUUUGUCCAUUGACACAGACCCCCUUCAGUACUGUUUGAGUUUUGUCAUUAAAAUAGCCACCUUUGUAUUUUAUAAUUUAUGAGAGAAUGAAACAGGUUUGAAUCUUCAUGAAUGAACACUUUGGAUUUCGUUCAUAGUUUGAUUCUAGACUAAGAACUGGUCCAUGCUGUUUUUAUUUUUUAUUUCCAUAAUUUUAGAAUCAAGUUUACUCACCACUUUUCUCCAACUGCCUCAGUGACUGGGCACUCGAAGGCCUUGGCACGGGUUCCGGAGGACAGUGACUCUGUGAGUGCCCAAUGAGAUAACUCAGCUGGAGACCUCGGAAAACACAAGUGCCUUCUCCACGGUGCAAUUCAGACUGCAGUCAUCUCCAGCGGUCAAAAGACACUUACCCUUGAUUUCAGAUAGCAUUUAUAUUUUAGUGAAGAACCGAGUUCACAGGUGGGGAAUAUAUGUUUCACUCAAAUUUCUAUGUUUGGAGGAAAAAGCCUUUUUUUGUAAAAUAUUUAAAUUUAUAUAAGAAAAUGUUAGAAAAGAUAUGGGGAGUGUAUAUAAAACUUGCUUUAUUGCAUGUGGUCAGGCAAGUCCAAAGCCUAACACUCUUAAAGUAAGAGCAGGGCCCUUCAUCUUCAACAUCAGCUGUGCUGUAUCUCAUGUAAAGUAUCUCAUCUGCUGCUGCUUUGUGGAAUGGAACCUCAGACAAGCCCGGCGGGGUGGGGGGAGCAGGCAGGCGGGAGGUCGGCCUAAAGACUCUAUUAAAACGCACCCUCUUGCUGACCA